AGAGUCUUGAACAUGUAUCACGCCAAGAAGUUCUCGACGGCGAGCUUGGUCCCGCACAAACCCCAGAGCUCCGAAGAGCUUGCGAUCGUCGGGGCUGUCAGCGGCGGUUCCUCCGCCAAAAGUCCAACGCCUUCUGGCGGGGGAAGCGGGAAGCAGCGGCUCCGCUGGACUUCAGAUCUCCACGACCGCUUCGUCGAUGCCAUUUCUCAGCUUGGCGGACCAGAUAGGGCAACACCUAAAGGUGUUCUGAGAGUGAUGGGUGUUCCCGGACUAACUAUUUAUCAUGUGAAAAGCCAUUUACAGAAGUAUCGACUUGCAAAGUACCUGCCAGAGUCUCCAGCUGAUGGUUCUAAGGACGAGAAGAAGGGUUCUGGAGACAGCCUCUCUUGUUCAGAUUCUUCUCCCGGAGUGCAAAUUAAUGAGGCAUUGAGGAUGCAGAUGGAAGUUCAGAAGCGUCUUCAUGAACAGCUUGAGGUUCAAAGACAGUUGCAAAUGAGAAUAGAAGCUCAGGGCAAAUACUUGCAGAAGAUCAUUGAGGAGCAGCAAAAGCUUGGUGGUGCACUCAAAGCGUCAGAUGCGUUACCAUCAGCUGAGGAUAAGCAGAAGCCAGCUCAGUUUGAGACAAAGGGAGAUGCAUUUGCCACACCCUCAUCUCCCCAUAAGAAACAAAGGGUGGAUGACGGGUUGCCUGACAGUUGCGCUACAUCUAAUCUGCCUCUAAAAGCUGACCAGAAGAACGAAUUUGUGGGUCAGUGGGAUCGAGACUUGUAUGGAAGUGAUGGCGGAUAUGGAUUUGGCUUGCAAACAGAGUUUAAAGAAAGAGAUGGCGGUGCUGAGCAGAAAUCGCCCAUGGAGUUAGAUGCCUUGUGUGGUUCAAAACAAUAGGGAAGGAAUCACCAUUGUUGGUAGUCGUUUAUGAAGCAGCAUUGUGCAAUUAAUUAGAAACCAUGUUAUGUAUACCGCAUAAAUAUACAUGCGACCGAUUUGUAAUUAUACAAUGUAUGAAUUUUCCUCUGUAGUGUAUAAGUAGCAUGUAAGCUCCAACUCCCCAAAACAUAAUUUUGUUUUGUUAGUUUAAGUUCUCUCAUCGACGUUGAAGCGAGUGAUUGUUUUAGAUGAUGUUUUUGCAAAUAUUCAGGAAGACAUUGUUGCAUUUCACUUUGAAAA